AUGAGUAACGAACAUCUCAUUCAUCAGUUAGAAAAUGAAAUACAAAAACUAAAGAAAAGAGUUGAAGAAAUGGAAUUAAUAGAAGAAUUUCCUUCUGCUAUUGAUGCUUUUAAAUAUAUACUUCAAGUAUCGAAUAAUAAUGAUAAUAGAAAAGUUAAACAACUUAUUCAACUCUAUGAAAAACAAUUUAAUGAAAAAGACAUUUUGGUAGCAAAUGAAAUUAAAAACCAAUUAACAAAUAAAAUAGAAGAAUAUAAUGAAUUAAUUAAAAACAAAGAAAUUAAAGGAAUUAUAUUAACUGUUAUUUCACAAGAACGUAAAGAAGAACAAAAAGUUAUUGAAAAAGUAAUAGAAUUAUUUAAUUUAAAUAAAAUAAAUGAACAACGUAAAGAUGAACUUCUUCAAUAUUUUGAUUCAUGUUUAAUAGAAUUAGAAAUACUUAAAAAAGAAAUAGGAAGUUAUCAAAAAGGAAUUAGAAAUGAAAUGCCCAAACCAAUUCGUAUUAUUUCACAUUCACCAUCAUUUGAAAAUUUUAAUUCAUUACCAACAACAAAAAGUCCAAAAAUAAAUAACUAUGGAGAAAUAGCAAAAAUUAUUGAAAGUACAUUUAAAAUAAAUAGUGAUACUAUUAUGAUUUUAAUGAAUACUAUUCAUAUGAAUAAAAUGAACUUUCUUACUGAAAAUUAUUCAUCAUUAGAGAAAAUUACAAAAGAAGGAUUAGUUAAUAUUAUUAAAGGAAAUGAAAAUGUUAUGAUAUUUUUCUUUUUAAAAAGAAAUAUUAUUGUUGGUAUUUAUUUUAAUACUCCUCUUCAACCUGAUAAACAAAUUAAAGAAAAUGAUCAAUUUUUAUUAUUUAUUAUUGAAGAUACAACAAUUACUUUUUGUCAUCAAAAAAGAGAACAAGGAACUUUAAUUAGAUUAGGAAAAGAAGAUAACGAUUUUAAUGACUCUUGGAUUGAAAUAGAAAAUGGUUUUAAAUUAUAUCAAGAAAAGUCUGGAACUGUUUUUACUAUUCCUAAAUUAAUACUUUCUUUUGAUGAAAAAUAUAUGAAUGAAUUUGUUAUUCAAAAAAAGUCUAUUCUUUUUCCAAAUACAAAAUAUGAAUUAAAUAAAAUUGCUGCUUUAAAAUGGUUUAAUUAA